AAUUGAAGAUGAAGGAACUAGAAAGGGUAGCUCUCGUUUAGCUCGCAUGGUCUUUGAUGUAAAGCAGGUCUUUGUGUGACAACCGCAGUUAAGCCCUAAGGCACAUGGACUUUGUGGAUGAUCCCCCCCAGAUGUGGAUGGAAAGAUGAUGCUGAUUUAAUCCGAUGAUAAUGAUGUGUCUUGCUCAGACACAACCCCCCACAUUAAAACACGAGAAAGGGGCACACUGGAGAGAGACAAAGAGGUCCUCCACAAAGAGGCCAAAACACCGAAUCUAAAUGUAUCGGGGUAAGUUGUAGAUCUGCUUACUUAUUCUUUCAGCACAAAUGCUUCACUUUAAAACUAGUUCACACUGACACGCCACCAGUCCUGUCAAAACGGGAGCACUGCACCAUGUGUGUAUGAAGAGGAAGGAUUCUAGGUUGCCCGAAGAGAGCUGCUUUUCCAGUUCACAUCAUCGAAUGAGUGCGCUUGCCUGGAGAGGCGGGACUGUGACCCGGUUAGACGUAAAAUAAGCAAAGCCGUCUCCAUCCUUUCAGACUUGGGGGGGAAGUGUGCGUCUCCCACUGUAGCCAAUAUGUCUGACUGCAGAAGACAGUGGAACCGGGAGGAUGAGCUACCUGUCUACCUAGCAGGGCCGAUCACCACCGGGCCGAACCAGCGGAAGACCUAUGGUAUGUUCAGCUCCGUCGAGGGGGCGUUUGAGAGCAAGACCAUAGACUUCGAAAACUACGCGGUGGGGAGAAAAGGUAGCCGCACCCCGAGAAGCGGGAGCCGGGAACGACUCUUAGACACCGGCGACCCCAUUAGCAAGACGCCCAGCGAGGCCCGGGAGUCGUCGCUGAACGGCUCGCCCGGAGAGAGAAACGAAGCACGCAGUGGUGCUGAGGUCAGAUUUUCAUCGGGGACGGAAAGUCCUAAUGGCAAGAGUGAAAGGCUGCUGAUCAAAGGAGGGCGAGUUGUUAAUGAUGACCAGUCUUUCUAUGCAGAUGUCUACAUUGAAGACGGGCUCAUCAAGCAGGUGGGGGAGAACCUGGUUGUCCCUGAGGGAGUCAAGGUGAUCGAGGCCAAUGGCCGCAUGGUGAUACCAGGUGGAAUAGAUGUUAACACCUGCCUGAUGAAGUCCUAUCUGGGCACACAGCCUGUUGAUGACUUCUUUCAGGGCACCAAGGCUGCACUUGCUGGGGGCACCACUAUGAUCAUUGACCAUGUAGCCCCUCAGCCUGGUGACAGUUUGCUGGAGGCGUUUGAGCGCUGGCAGGAGGCCGCAGACAAGAAAGCCUGCUGUGAUUACUCUCUGCACGUAGACAUCCCCCAGUGGAAUGAAAAUGUUAAAGAUGAGUUGGAGCUUCUGGUGCAGGACAAAGGUAUCAACUCCUUUCAAGUAUACAUGGCUUAUAAGGAUGUGUACCAGAUGACCGAUUCAGAGCUGUAUGAGGCAUUCUCAUUUCUGAAGCAGCUGGGUGCUGUGGUGUUAGUUCACGCUGAAAAUGGUGAUCUUAUUGCUCAGGAACAGCAAAAAAUACUUGGAAUGGGAAUUACUGGCCCAGAAGGCCAUCCUCUGAGUCGUCCCGAAGAGUUGGAGGCUGAGGCGGUGUUCCGUGCCAUCACUCUUGGCAAUCGUGUGAACUGUCCUGUUUACAUCACAAAGGUGAUGAGCAAGAGUGCAGCUGACACUAUCACCCAGGCCCGGAGGAAAGGUUCGGUGGUUUUCGGAGAGCCAAUUACAGCUAGCCUGGCCACUGAUGGCUCGCACUACUGGAGCAAAAACUGGGCCAAGGCUGCUGCCUACGUGACCUCUCCACCUUUAAGUCCUGACCAGACAACCCCGGACCAUCUUCACACCCUGCUGGCCUGUGGGGACCUCCAGGUGGUGGGCAGUUCUCACUGCGCUUACAGCACCUCCCAGAAAGCUAUUGGUAAAGAUGACUUCACCUUGAUCCCCGAAGGAAUCAACGGCGUCGAGGAGAGAAUGGGCUUUGUCUGGGAAAAGGCAGUGGCCAUGGGGAAGAUGGAUGAAAACCAGUUUGUGGCAGUCACAUCCACCAACGCUGCUAAAAUCUUCAAUCUGUAUCCACGUAAGGGUCGGAUAGCUGCGGGCUCUGAUGCAGACAUUGUCAUCUGGGACCCUGACAGCGUCAAAACCAUCACUGCCAAACUCCAGCAGUCGGCUGCAGAAUACAACAUCUUCGAGGGUCUGGAAUGUCGCGGAGGUCCAGUGCUGGUGCUGAUUCAAGGCCAGGUGGUGUAUGAAGAAGGAAAGCUGCAUGCUCAGCAGGGCACUGGUCGAUUUAUUCCACGCAAACCCUUCCCAGAUUAUGCUUACCAGCGUGUAAAGUUCAGGAAUGAGGUAAAGCGUAAGCAGGGUGUAACUCGGGGGAUAUAUGAUGGCCCUGUAUAUGAUGUUGCUCCGACUCCCAAAUACAUUACUCCUUCACCGUCAGCCAAAACCUCUCCCACUUCUCACCAGCCACCACCAAUACGUAAUCUUCACCAGUCCAACUUCAGCCUUUCAGGUGCACAGAUUGAUGACAAUAUCCCACGUCGCUCUGGCCACCGCAUUGUAGCACCCCCGGGUGGUCGCUCCAACAUCACCAGCCUUGGCUGAAUACUUGAAUACAUAUGAAGCACGGCUGGUGCGACGCUUCACCUACUGAGUGUGUGCGAGUGUAUGUGUACGACUGAAUGAAUACCUUUUUUUGGCAUAACGUGACCGUUUCUGUUAUAUCGGUUUGUCAUGGUCACUCAGAACAAAAAAAGCACAUUUCUACUUCUAAUCCAAAAAAGGUGUGUGAGUUACAAUCAGCUAAAUAAUUCACAUCAAUAAAGAGUCACGUUCCAGGCACACACACACACACACACACAC